AUGAGCUCUGUGGAGGAAUUACUUUAUAUAGAGAGACACCUGGGAGUUUGUUGUUGUCUCUAUCUGGACACCUGGGAGUUUGUUGUUGUCUCUAUCUGGACACCUGGGAGUUUGUUAUUGUCUCUAUCUGGACACCUGGGAGUUUGUUAUUGUCUCUAUCUGGACACCUGGGAGUUUGUUAUUGUCUCUAUCUGGAUACCUGGGAGUUUGUUGUUGUCUCUAUAUGGACACCUGGGAGUUUGUUAUUGUCUCUAUCUGGACACCUGGGAGUUUGUUAUUGUCUCUAUCUGGACACCUGGGAGUUUGUUAUUGUCUCUAUCUGGACACCUGGGAGUUUGUUAUUGUCUCUAUCUGGACACCUGGGAGUUUGUUAUUGUCUCUAUCUGGACACCUGGGAGUUUGUUAUUGUCUCUAUCUGGACACCUGGGAGUUUGUUAUUGUCUCUAUCUGGACACCUGGGAGUUUGUUAUUGUCUCUAUCUGGACACCUGGGAGUUUGUUAUUGUCUCUAUCUGGACACCUGGGAGUUUGUUAUUGUCUCUAUCUGGACACCUGGGAGUUUGUUAUUGUCUCUAUCUGGAUAACUGGGAGUUUGUUAUUGUCUCUAUCUGGAUACCUGGGAGUUUGUUAUUGUCUCUAUCUGGAUACCUGGGAGUUUGUUAUUGUCUUUAUAUUGUGGACACCUGGGAGUUUGUUGUUGUCUUUAUAUUGUGGACACCUGGGAGUUUGUUGUUGUCUCUAUCUGGACACCUGGGAGUUUGUUAUUGUCUCUAUCUGGACACCUGGGAGUUUGUUAUUGUCUCUUUGGACACCUGGGAGUUUGUUAUUGUCUCUUUGGACACCUGGGAGUUUGUACUGUCUCCUCUAUCUACCGACAAGGUCGACUGUGUUUACAUCGUGCUACAGUUUUAAAGUGUGUUUGAAGCCAGUUUAAUCCAGUGUUCGAUUAGUUCUUUUCACCAUUACAUUAACAGCCAACAGAGGCUGAAGCAUCAGUGCUGUUGCCAUGGUAACCUGCAGUUCCUCAUUUAGAGUGGUGGUUAACCACGAAACACGUUACCGCAGUGUGUUUUUCCGGAUAUUCCUACAUAGAUAAAAACAUUACUUUAGUAACUCAGACUGAGCUACAUUUAUGUCAUCAUUCAUAGAUGCCAAAGCAUUUUUUAAAAGAGAAAAUUAUACGGUGCUCUAGGUAUGUUACACUGUCAUGACUUGACAGGAGGAGGAUGCUCACCUUUCACCAUUUAAGUUAUGAAGGCUAACCGGUUUUGAAAGUUAUGAAGCGGCAGUUAACAUUUCAGACUGACU